AUGUCAUUUUCUGAUUCCGAAGGGUCCUCUCAUGGCGGUAUCGGAGAAUACAAGACCUUCCGCCAUGUCAGCCGCGAACGUUUAUUGCACGAAAUGCUCCGAUCAUCCAAAUCAGGCGACUCAAAAUCAACUUGGAAGGUACUCAUUAUGGAUAAAGUUACUGUGAAAGUUAUGUCUUGCUCGUGCAAAAUGGCUGAUAUUACAGAUGAAGGAGUUUCAUUGGUGGAAGACCUUUUCAGGAGAAGGCAACCUUUGCCUUCUAUGGAUGCCAUAUAUUUCAUCCAACCUUCGAAAGAGAAUGUUGUCAUGUUUUUGUCUGACAUGUCCGGAAGAGAACCUCUAUACAAAAAAGCAUAUGUAUACUUCAGUACGCCUAUCCCAAAGGAAUUGGUUAGUCGCAUCAAGAAUGAUACAAGUGUGUUACCCCGUAUAGGUGCAUUGAGAGAGAUGAAUUUGGAGUACUUUUCUAUAGACAGUCAGGCAUAUAUCACUGAGCAUGAAAGAGCUUUAGAGGACCUCUUUGGUGAAGAUGUUGAGAAUUCUCGCAAAUUUGAUGCUUGCUUGAAUGUAAUGGCAAGCCGAAUUGCUACUGUUUUUGCUUCAUUGAAGGAGUUCCCUGUUGUGCGGUAUCGUGCUGCCAAGGCACUUGAUUCAUCUACAGUAACAACAUUCCGUGAUUUAGUUCCUACAAAGCUUGCCGCUGCUAUUUGGAACUCUAUUACAACAUAUAAAACUACUAUUCCUAACUUUCCCCAGACGGAAACAUGCGAGUUUCUCAUCCUAGACAGAUCAGUUGAUCAGAUUGCUCCUGUCAUUCAUGAAUGGACUUAUGAUGCCAUGUGCCAUGAUCUACUGGACAUGGAUGGAAAUAAAUACGUGCACGAGAUUCCUAGCAAAACCGGCGGUGAGCCUGAGAAAAAGGAGGUCCUCUUGGAAGAUCAUGAUCCUGUCUGGCUUGAGCUCCGCCAUGCACAUAUAGCAGAUGCUAGUGAGCGGUUGCAUGAAAAGAUGACAAACUUUGUAUCAAAGAACAAAGCCGCACAACUGCAGCAAAGAGAUGGUGCUGAAUUAUCCACAAGAGACUUGCAAAAAAUGGUUCAGGCUUUGCCUCAGUACAAUGAACAAAUGGAAAAGCUUUCUCUUCAUGUGGAGAUUGCUGGAAAAAUUAACAGAAUUAUCAGAGAAAUGGGACUUCGGGAACUUGGGCAACUUGAACAGGAUAUUGUCUUUGGUGAUGCAGGAACAAAAGAAAUCAUCAAUUUCUUGAGGACAACCCAGGAUGCAAGUUGUGAAAAUAAGUUGCGUUUGCUGAUGAUCUAUGCAUCUGUUUAUCCUGAGAAGUUUGAGGGUGACAAAGCUACAAAGCUUAUGCAGUUGGCAAAAUUAUCACGUGAGGAUAUGAAGACUGUUAAAAAUAUGAGGAUGCUUGAGGGAUCAGAUGCCAGGAAGGCAGCAACUGGGAGUUUCUCUCUCAAAUUUGAUGCUCAUAAGAGGAAGCAUGCAGCGAGAAAAGAUCGAACAGGAGAGGAAGAAACAUGGCAGCUUUUUAAAUUUUAUCCCAUGCUAGAGGAGUUGAUUGAAAAACUUAGCAAAGGUGAAUUACCAAAGGAUGAAUAUCAGUGUAUGAAUGAACCAAGUCCAAUGGUUCGUGGGGGCUUCGGGGGUGCCCAGAGUGUAUCAGCAAGGACAAGCCAAGCUCCUGCUCCACAUUCCAUGAGAUCAAGAAGGACUGCGACGUGGGCAAGGCCUCGUCAUUCUGACGAUGGGUAUUCAAGUGAUUCGGUUCUGAGGAAUGUAUCCAAUGAUUUCAAGAAGAUGGGCCAGCGCAUAUUUAUAUUCAUUAUUGGUGGGGCAACUCGAUCUGAGCUACGGGUUUGUCACAAGCUUACAACAAAGUUGAGGAGGGAAGUUGUCCUAGGUUCAUCUAGUAUUGAUGAUCCACCUCAAUAUAUUACGAAACUGAAGUUGCUAUCAGAAAAGGAACUCUCAAUUGAUGACAUUAGAAUUUAGAUGAUGGUGCUUGGGCAUUUGUAUAUGCUUUUUUUCUCUACACCAACAGGAAGCAGAUCAAAGGAUGGUUUGUCGAUCUUUUUAAUGCUCUCCUGUGCCUGAACAGAAGAAACUUGAAUUCGUUGGGAUAAAAUUUAAUAUCAUACAGUCUUACAUGAUUCUUUAGAGAUCAUCUUCUGCAUUGAAGGGGAAUGGGACAUUUGUCACAAUAGAAAUUUGUCGAUCUACUGCUUCUCUUCAACUUGGGACUUUACGUUUCUAGACAAGAAAAAUGAGUGAAAUUGUGUUUUACCCAGAUAUAUUAGGGUCAUUAGGAACCCUCAUGGAAGCUCAACUUGCUUGCUUGUUGUGUAGCAAAUUGGUUCCAUCCUGUUUUGUAACAUCUAAAAUAAGUCAAUUUUAACUUAGCAACCAUCUCAGGAGAUGGGCAUUUUGAAAUUGUAUUGUCUUUCACAUGAUGACUUUCAUUUGUGGUGCUAAUGAGAAGAAUAUUCUGACUUGUAAAA